GCCACCGAGCCCCGCCGUCCGGGCCGCGGUCCCAGGUCCCGGCCCCGCGCCAUGGAGCGGCGCUGGCCCCUGGGGCUCCAGCUGCUGCUCCUGCUCUGCGCCCCGCUGCCCCCGGGGGCGCGCGCCGCGGAAGUCACACUGAUGGAUACCAGCAAGGCACAAGGAGAGCUGGGCUGGCUGCUGGAUCCCCCAGAGGAUGGGUGGAGUGAGGUGCAGCAGAUACUGAACGGGACGCCCCUGUACAUGUACCAGGACUGCCCAGUGCAAGAAAGCAGAGACACUGACCACUGGCUUCGCUCCAACUGGAUCUACCGUGGGGAAGAGGCCUCGCGCGUCCACGUAGAGCUGCAGUUCACCGUGCGGGACUGCAAGAGUUUCCCCGGGGAGGCCGGGCCUCUGGGCUGCAAAGAGACCUUCAACCUCCUGUACAUGGAGAGUGACCAGGACGUGGGGGUUCAGCUCCGGCGGCCCCUGUUCCAGAAGGUAACCACGGUGGCUGCAGACCAGAGCUUCACCAUUCGAGACCUUGCAUCUGGAGCUGUGAAACUGAACGUGGAGCACUGCUCCUUGGGCCACCUGACCCGUCGAGGCCUCUACCUCGCUUUCCACAACCCGGGUGCCUGUGUGGCCCUGGUGUCCGUCCGGGUCUUCUACCAGCGCUGCCCUGAGACUGUGCACGGCUUGGCCCGAUUCCCCAACACUCUCCCCGGACCUGGCGGGUUGGCUGAAGUGGCAGGGACCUGCCUGCCCCGUGCUCACGUCAUCCCUGGCCCGUCGGGUGCGCCCCGCAUGCACUGCAGCCCCGACGGGGAGUGGUUGGUACCAGUGGGGCGGUGCCACUGUGAGCCCGGCUACGAGGAAGGUGGCAGCGGUGUCGAGGGAUGCCUUGCCUGCCCGAGCGGCUCCUACCGGGCUGACAUGGACACACCCAGUUGUCUCAAGUGCCCCCAACACAGCACAGCCGAGUCUGAAGGGGCCACCGUGUGUACCUGCGAAAGUGGGCACCACCGCACUCCUGAGGAGGGCCCCCACGCGGCGUGCACACGUCCCCCCUCAGUCCCCCAAAACCUGAGCUUCUCUGUUUCGGGGACUCAGCUCUCCCUGCGCUGGGAACCUCCAGCAGACCUGGGGGGACGCGAGGAUGUCAGAUACGAUGUGGGGUGUUCUCAGUGUCGGGGAGCAGUGCCGGACGGGGGGCCCUGCCAGCCCUGCGGGGGAAGCGUGCGCUUCUCCCCAGGGCCCAGCGGGCUCACCACACCUACUGUGCGCGUGGACGGCCUGGAGCCCUACACCAACUACACCUUUAACGUGGAAGCCCAGAAUGGAGUGUCAGGACUGGACGCCUCCAAGCCCGCCAGCGCCUCCUUGAGCAUCAGCAUGGAGCAUGCAGAGACCCUGUCAGGCUUGUCCCUGAGGCUGGUGAAGAAGGCGCCGCGGGAGCUGGAGCUGGCCUGGGCGGGGUCCCGGCCUCGCAGCCCUGAGGGGAACCUCAGCUACGAGCUGCAGGUGCUGAACCAGGAUGAAGAACGGUACCAGAUGGUUCUAGAGCCCAGGGUCUUGCUGACGGAACUGCAGCCAGACACCACGUACAUCAUCAGAGUCCGCAUGGUGACCCCGCUGGGCCCUGGCCCCUUCUCCCCUGACCAUGAGUUUCGGACCAGCCCACCAGUUUCCAGGGUCCUGACUGGAGGAGAGAUCGUGGCCAUCGUCUUCGGGCUGCUGCUGGGCGCGGUGCUGCUGCUCGGGGUGCUCCUCUUCCGUUCCAGGAAGGCGCGGCGGCAACGGCACCAGAGGCAGCAGAGGCAGCGCGAUCGCCUCGCGGACAGGGACAGAGAGGACAAGCUGUGGCUGAAGCCUUACGUGGACCUCCAGGCAUAUGAGGACCCCGCCCAGGGAGCCCUGGACUUCACCCAGGAGCUCGAUCCAGGCUGGCUGGUUGUGGACACUGUCAUAGGGGAAGGAGAGUUUGGGGAAGUAUAUCGAGGGUCCCUGAGACUCCCCAGCCAGGAUUCCAAGACGGUGGCCAUUAAGACCUUGAAAGACACAUCUCCCGAUGGCCAGUGGUGGAACUUCCUUCGAGAGGCAACUAUCAUGGGCCAGUUCAACCACCCACACAUUCUGCACCUGGAAGGCGUUGUCACCAAGAGAAAGCCCAUCAUGAUCAUCACGGAGUUUAUGGAGAAUGGAGCCCUGGAUGCCUUCCUAAGGGAGCGGGAGGACCAGCUGGUCCCCGGGCAGCUGGUGGCCAUGCUGCAGGGCAUAGCAUCCGGUAUGAACUACCUCAGUGACCACAAUUAUGUCCACCGGGACCUGGCCGCCAGGAACAUCUUGGUGAGUCAGAACCUGUGCUGCAAGGUGUCUGACUUUGGCCUGACCCGCCUCCUGGACAACUUCGAUGGCACCUAUGAAACCCAGGGAGGAAAGAUCCCCAUCCGUUGGACUGCCCCCGAAGCCAUUGCCCACCGGAUGUUCACCACAGCCAGUGAUGUGUGGAGCUUUGGCAUCGUGAUGUGGGAGGUGCUCAGCUUCGGGGCCAAGCCCUAUGGGGAGAUGAGCAAUCAGGAGGUAAUGAAGAGCAUUGAGGAUGGGUACCGGCUGCCCCCGCCCCUGGACUGCCCUGCGCCCCUCUAUGAACUCAUGAAGAACUGCUGGGCCUACAACCAUGCCCGUCGGCCCCCGUUCCACCGACUGCAGGCACAGCUGGAGCACCUACAUGCCAACCCCCACUCCCUGCGAACCAUCGCCAACUUUGAUCCCAGGGUGACCCUUCGCCUACCCAGCUUGAGUGGCUCAGAUGGGAUCCCCUACCGAAGCGUGCCUGAGUGGCUGGAGUCCAUCCGAAUGAAACGCUACAUCCUGCACUUCUGCUCCGCCGGGCUGGAUACCAUGGAGUGUGUGCUGGAUCUGACGGCUGAGGACCUGGCACAGAUGGGGAUCACACUGCCGGGACACCAGAAGCGCAUUCUUUGCAGUAUUCAGGGGUUCAAGGACUGAGCCUUCCCCUCGCCCACCUUGUCCUCAGUGGGGAAGGAUGGGACCGUGGUCCCUCCAUCUGCCCGACAUAGGACUUUGGUGCUGCUCCUAACCACCCUUCCCUGAGGAACUGCCUAUGGAGCCACAAGUCUCUUUGUUUUAAAAAGGAGACAGGAAGUAGAACAAUAAUUGUGGGAGCUGGGGGAGGGUUUAAUAUAUAUUAUAUACAUAUAUAUUUUUGUAAAUAAACAGAAACUGAAUUUUCA